CUUGUCUCACAAGACUUGGAUAUGAUGCCUGCGCAUCCCAUGAUUGCAUGUGUUACCAUUUUGUCUACUCUCCUGUAAGCUAGGGGGACUUUAGAAUGGAAUUUCCCAGUGGGAGUCAAUAGAUGCCUCAUACACAAGAGCAUUCUCAUCUUACUACGACUCGUUGCACACAGCGAUGGCUUCCUCGCAAGACCCAACACGCCCGGUGAUUUUUACCUUCUGGCUACUGCUCCUCGCCACGAUCUUGUUGCUUUAUGCCUGUCUCGGGAAUCCUGCCCUUGUGCAUUUGAUACCAAACAACGCUCGAGCUGAACGAGGACAGUAUGUGCCUUCAGAGGGGGAAUAUCUAUUGGGCGUUGGGAAGGCGGAUAUCACGGGACCGGUCGUCGAGAUCAACAUGAUGGGCUAUGCGGAUACAGAUCAGUCGGGAACUGGUCUCCGACAGCGACUCUACUGCAGAGCUUUCAUUGUCGGGAGCUCGACGAACAACUCCUCUCGAAUUGCCUACCUCGUCCUUGAUACACAGUCCGGAGAUACAGCUGUUCGCCACGGCAUUCUGAACGAACUCAAAAAGUUGGGACCAGAGUAUGAAGUAUACAACAAGGACAGCCUGGCUGUCACAGGUACACACAGCCAUAGUGGACCCGGAGCCUGGUUGAACUACCUUUUGCCUCAAAUAACGAGCAAAGGAUUCGACAAGAGCAGCUACAACGCCAUCGUCACGGGUUCAGUAUUGGCCAUCGAGCGUGCUCACAGAAACCUCGUGCCAGGUCACUUGAGCUUAGGACAGAUCAGACUAGAGCAUGCCAACAUCAACCGGAGCCCUUAUGCCUACCUGCAAAACCCAAAGAACGAAAGGGCUGGGUAUACCGAUGACGUUGACAAGAACAUGACUCUGUUGAAAUUCGAGAGAGCAUCGGAUGGUCAAGCAAUGGGUGUCUUGUCUUGGUUUCCUGUGCAUGGCACGUCCCUCUAUCAGAAUAACACGCUCAUCACUGGCGAUAACAAGGGAGUAGCAGCAUACCUCUUUGAACAAUACAUGCAAGAAAUGAACCCAUCAUUCGUGGCAGGGUUCUCGCAAGCAAAUGUUGGCGAUACCUCCCCAAACACUCUUGGCGCAUUUUGCGAGGAUACCGGUCUAUCAUGUUCUUUUAAUGACAGCACAUGUGGUGGCCGAACCCAGCCCUGUCACGGACGUGGUCCAAUGUUUCGAAGCAUAGACCAGGGCACUAAAUCCUGCUUCGAAAUCGGAAGUCGACAAAUGUUGGCUGCGAAAGACAUUCUAGCUAGUGCCAAUCUAGAACGAAUUCCAGAAUCUACGGUCUCAUUCUUCCACACCUACGCCAAUUUUUCCUCCUUCGCCUUUACUUCUCCGUACAACCAGUCUCGUCGAUUGAAGACAUGCUCUGCUGCGCUAGGCUACGGCUUUGCUGGUGGUACGACGGACGGUCCUGGCGCCUUUGACUUCUCUCAAGGUACAAAUGAUAGCGAUGGCUCACCGUCACUCAAGAACCCUCUUUGGAAGCUGGCACGGGGCUUCAUCCACGAGCCGACAGAUGAGCAGAUCGCAUGCCAGAAGCCCAAGCCCAUUCUACUUGAUGUAGGUGCAGCCGAUGACCCGUACCCCUGGACACCCAACAUAGUCGACAUCCAAUUGCUUCGCGUAGGCCCACUCAUUGUCAUUGUGUCUCCUGGCGAGGCAACAACGAUGUCUGGACGACGCUGGCGGACUGCAUUAACAAAAGCCGCUCCAUCAGUCCUAGGCAUCGAUGAUCCUCAAGUUGUAAUUGGUGGUCCCGCCAAUACUUAUGCACAUUACAUCGCAACUGAAGAAGAGUACAGUGUUCAACGGUAUGAGGGUGCUAGCACGCUUUACGGCCCGCACACGCUUGAAGCCUACAUCAACCUAACUCUUACCUACCUCCCGUAUCUCGGUUCUCAGGACGAGACAUCACACCUUCGCCGCUUGCCAGCAGGUCCCAGCCCACCUAUUAAUGUCAAUGUCUCUCUGUCAUUCAUCACGCCGGUGAUUGUUGACAAUUCAGGCCUUCUCCGUCGGUUUGGAGCCACUCUUUCCUCCCCUGAUCCAGCAAAGCAACAUACACCUGGUUCGAUAGUCAGCGCAACCUUCGUGGGAGCCAAUCCGCGCAAUAAUUUCCGGCUAGAAGGCACAUUUGCUGCGGUGGAGAGAUUCGACUCGGACAACGGCAAAUGGGUUCAGGUGCGCUCCGAUCGAGACUGGUAUCUCGCGUACAAGUGGAAAAGACUCAGUACUGCCUUGGGGACCAGUGAAGUGACCCUGGAAUGGGAGAUCGAGCCAGGUACACGGUCUGGUAUGUAUCGCUUCAGGUAUUAUGGUGACGCCAAGGCUUUGGGCGGCCAAAUCUCUGCGAUCGAGGGUACAAGUGGUGUGUUCAAUGUCGCCGGCGACAACAACAAGAAUGACGCAGCAUUUUGGGGGGAACUGGUACGCACAUGAGGUUGGCGCAAGUGAACCAAGUGUUUUCAAAUCAGCGAGUGAUGCAUUAUGUGGGGUUAUGGGGGAGGGUUUUCCAAGGCGCAUAUGUAUUCUCCCAUGAUGAUACCCUAGCAAUGAGAAAGGUGGUGCUGGACAUCUCGGGCAACGAAGAAUGGUAACAACACGAGUAGAACCAAAUGCUUACAAAGUGUAUGAACAAAUGAUUCCUCGAAGGGUGUUGUUUAACAGUGGCCAUAGGUAGAUCUAUG